GCGCGGCGGUUCCUCCCCGCCGGCGGGGSCGCUGCGGGCGCGGCGCGGGCGGACCAUGCUGAGCCGGCUGCAGGAGCUGCGCAGGGAGGAGGAGACGCUGCUGCGGGUCAAGGCGGCGCUGCACGAUCAGCUCCGCCGGCUGCGGGUGGAGGAGCUGGCGCUGCAGUCCAUGAUCAGGUCCGGCGAGGAGAACGUCCCUGUGCCGCUGUCAGCCCUUGCCGAGGACACUCAGCAGACCCUGGGGCAGAUGGACAAUGAAACUGCCAUCAACCAAACCGAGUUACACCUCAGUCUUCAGAAUGAUAAAGAGGAGGAGGAGGAGGAAGAGGAGGAGGAAUCUGAUUCUUGAGAGAAAAAAUAUCAGAGCUGGUUUUUGAUACAGACUCAGGAAUUUCUUCUUCAUUCAUUUAAAACUCACCAACUGAUUCCCAUUUUGUGCUGUGUGUGAAUAUUUGAUAUAUCAGAGUCAAGGGAAGUGACACUGAACACRUGGAUGUCACAGGCUGGGCACAUCUUGACUCAGAUGUUGAAAGAACAAAAAUCUGCUGCACAAAUAUGUAGCGUAAUCCAUUCCACAUUUCAAACCUMAUGUAGCUCUUAGAACAUCUUUGUAUGUGGAAGGGAGAAGUAAUUGAGCAACCGGACUAAUUAACACAUGCACUAAAAGCAAUAACUUGUCUGUUCUCACUUCAUGAUGUGAGAAACAAAACCAGGUCCUGGUUUUUGGAGGCUGGUGCUGAACCAGUGAUUCUAUUACAACCUCACUUGCCUAMACUGGGAAUUUAAGAUACAGGGUGAGAAAAGAUGUGUCCAGGGUUGUCUCCAGCUGCUGUGUGCUCGGUUCCAUGGAGUUCCUCCCAGAGUUCUCCCAGUGGCAGCUCAAUUCUGAGCACAGCAGRGAGGUCUCUCUGUACCCCUGGUGCUCUUCAGGUCUGUCAGAAUGUCCCAGAGAAGGACUUUCUACUCCUGCUCUUUCAGAGUAGCAGCCAAGGAGCCUUUUAUUUGUCCAUGAAUUGUAGAGUAAGAAUUGAUCCGUGGUGCUUGUAAUAAGGAGCUCAUACUCUGAAAUUGGUGUUAUUUUCUUUUUCUCUUGUUGUAACCUUGUAAGUCACAGCAAGGCCACCUGCUUUCAUGUGAUCCUCGAGGAGGAACAUGGGUUUAAGAACUUAGUUAUAAAUGGAAAGUGAUGUGAAAUCUCCACAGCCUUUGYAUUUGGAAAAGUGUCUGGUAUCCUGGGGAUGGUCAGAACUCACAUCCAGCCUCCUGUGAGUUCCUGCCACUGCUUAAUGAGUGUUAAUUUGACUCGUGUUUGCUUUGUACCAAUGGAAACUGUUGGGAUGUAAAUGUAGCUUCAUUCUGUACUAAAUACUAAYUUGGUUUUGAGUAUCCUGGAUGUCUUAAUGAAGGAACUUAGAACAGGAGUGAAGAAAUUGUUUAACAAAGCUUUCCCAAACCUGAAAGGUAAAAAAACCCAAAAGUCUGAGCCAAAAUGUUACAGUCCAGUAAGCCCUUGAAGUGAUGUGUGAAGGGAGGAGCUCAGGAGCCAUCCUGGCCUCUUGGCACAUUUCAGCUGCAAAGGGUAAUUCUGACUGUGGAAAAACAUUAUUUGUGCCCAGCAUGGUCCASAGUAGUUUCCAUGGAUGUAAUCCCUUGCUUUUGGGUUUGAACAGCCCAGUUCUAGCGCAUGUUGCAAUAAAGUUCUUUUCCUGCUGUCCUUACAUAGAA